GUCGAGCCAUCUGCGAUCUGUAACGCCUCUGUUUGACUCCUCCGUUUCAUUCUGCCGACAAAAAGCCAGAUACUUACAGGAAGAGGGAGACGGAGCAACGAAGGCAUGGGAAGCGUGACGGUGUACGGCCCUCCCAUAUCUACGGCCGUCUCUAGAGUCCUGGCCUGCCUCCUAGAGAAGGACGUCGACUUCAAGCUCGUCAAUGUGGACAUGGCCAAAGGCCAGCACAAGUCUCCCGAUUACCUCAAGCUCCAGCCGUUCGGCCAAGUCCCGGCAUUCCAGGACGAGCACGCCACUCUGUUUGAGUCGAGGGCGAUCUGCCGCUACAUCUGCGACAAGUACGCCAACAGGGGCAACCAGAGCCUCUUCGGGCGCAACGGCGGCGGGCCGGCUGAGCGGGCGCAGGUCGAGCAGUGGCUGGAGGCUGAGAGCCAGAGCUUCAACCCACCCAGUUCGGCGCUGGUGUUCCAGCUGGCAUUCGCCCCCCGGAUGGGGCUCCCGCAGGACCCAGCCGCGAUUGAGCUGAACCAAGCGAAGCUGGCCAAAGUGCUGGACGUCUACGAGCGGCGGCUAGGGGAGAGCAGGUUCCUGGCCGGGGACGAGUUCGCGCUCGCCGAUCUCGCGCACCUCCCUAACGCCCACUACAUCUGUGCCGCCGGGAAGGACGAUAUGUUUGCGUCGAGGAAGAACGUAGCCAGGUGGUGGGAGGAGAUCUCGACGCGGCCGUCGUGGAAGAAGGUCGUCGACAUGUUUUCUGCGCCACCUGCUUGAUGAAUUGACUUCGAUUCUGUUCUUGCAGGAGUCCCAACCCCGUCUUGUCUUUUAAGCGCUUUCAUCAUGGUUCGAAAUAAUGAAGAAUGUUCUCGCAUUUAGCAUUAUAAUGA